CGUAUUCCUCUUAUCCUGAGGAACCUCAGACUGUGCGGGACGGAAAUUGCUUUGAAAAAGAAUCAGAACUUGUCAAACAUAAGAUGUCUCACACAGGUGAGAAGCCGUAUUCCUGCUCUGAGUGUGGGAAAUGUUUUUCACUCAAGUCGUCUCAGAAGCGACAUCAGAGAUUGCACACGGGGGAGAAGCCUUAUUCCUGUCCCGAGUGCAGGAAACGUUUUGCAACAAAUACACAUCUUUCCAGACAUCAAAAAUCACACACGGGGGAGAAGCUGUAUUCCUGUUCUGAGUGCGGGAAGUUUUUCUCAGAGAAGUCCAGUCUUUGCAGACAUCAGAGAUUGCACACAGGUGAGAGGCCAUUUUGCUGUCAUGAGUGUGGAACAAGUUUUUCAGAUCGCUCCAGUCUUGGCAGCCAUCAGAAAUCACACACGGGUGAGAAGCCGUAUUCCUGUCUUGAGUGCGGAAAAUGUUUUUCAAGAAAGUCACAUCUUUACACACAUCAGAGAUCCCACACGGGGGAGAAGCCGUAUUCUUGUCCUGAGUGCGGAAAAUGCUUUUCAAUGAAGUCACAUCUUUACAUACAUCAGAGAUCGCACACGGGGGAAAAGCCAUAUUCUUGUCCUGAGUGCGGGAAAUGUUUUUCAGUGAUGUCCAGUCUUUAUGUACAUCAAAGGUCUCACACGGGGGAGAAGCCGUAUUUCUGUUCUGAGUGCGGGAAAUGUUUUUCAAAGAUGUCCAGUCUUUCCGCACAUCAAAGGUCUCACAUGGGGGAGAAGCCAUUUCCCUGCCCUGACUGCGGGAAAUGUUUUUUACACAAGUCCAGUCUUUCCACACAUCAGAGGUCGCACACGGGGGAGAAGCCGUACUCCUGUCCUGAGUGUGGGAAAUGUUUUUCACGGAAGCUUACUCUUUCCACACAUCAGAAAUCGCACACGGGGGAGAAGCCGUAUUCCUGUCCUGAGUGCGGUACAUGUUUUUCAGAGAAGUCAAAUCUUUACAGACAUCAAAGAUUGCACACGGGUGAGAAGCCGUAUUCCUGUCCUGAGUGUGGGAAAUGUUUUUCACAGAAGUCGGAUCUUUACAGACAUCAGAGAUCGCACAUGGGAGAGAAGCCGCAUUCCUGUUCUAAGUGCGGGAAAUGUUUUUCACAGAAAUCAGCACUCUACAAACAUCAAAGAUUGCACACCGGUGAAAAGUCAAUUUCCUGUCCCGUCUGCGAUAAAUGUUUUGAAAAAAAAUCAGAACUUGACAUACAUCAGAGAUCUCACACGGGCAAGAAGCCGUACUCCUGCUCUGAAUGCGGGAGAUAUUUUUCAGACAAGUCUUCUCGUAACAGACAUCUGAGAUUGCACACGGGGGAGAAGCCUUAUUCCUGUCCCGAGUGCGGGAAAUGUUUUGCAACAAAUACACAUCUUUCCAGACAUCAAAUAUCACACACGGGGGAGAAGCAGUAUUCCUGUUCUGAGUGCGGGAAAUGUUUUUCAGAGAAGGUCAGGCUUAAAACUCAUCAGAGAACGCACACAGGUGAGAAGCCAUAUUGCUGUCCUGAGUGCGGAAUAUUUUUUGGGGAUAGGUCCAGUCUUUGCAGACAUAAGAAAACGCACACGGGCGAGAAGCAACACACCUGCCUUGAGUGUGGAUCGUGUUUUUCACGAAAACCAGAACUUGACAAACAUCAGAUGAUUCACACGGGGGAGAAGCCGUAUACCUGCCCUGAGUGCGGGAAAUGUUUUUCUAGGCAGUCCCAUCUUAAUGUACAUCAGAGAUCGCACACAGGGGUGAAGCCGUAUUCCUGUCCUGAGUGCGGGAAAUGUUUUUUAUUAAAGUCACAUAUUAUUACACAUCAGCGAUUGCACACAGGGGAGAAGCCGUAUUCCUGUCCUGAGUGCGGGAAAUGUUUUUCACAGAAGUCAAAUCUUUCCAGACAUCAGCGAUCUCACACGGGGGAGAAGCCGUAUUCCUGUCCUGAGUGCGGGAAAGGUUUCUCCUUUAAGUGCAAUAUUUACACACAUCAGAGAUCGCACAGGGGUGAGAAGCCGCAUUCCUGUCCUGAGUGCCGGAAAUGUUUUUCAAAGAAGACCGAGUUUAACAGACAUGUGAGAUUGCACAUGUGUGAGAAGCCACGUUCCUGUCCUGAGUGAAGGAAUUGUUCCUCACUAAAGUCCUGUCUUCCUGUACAUCAGGGGUCACCGGACACUUUCACCCCCUUCCAGUCCAGUCCAGGCCACUCUUCGGUUCUCAGCACUGUCAUACUUUGAAUGUCAAUUACUCAAACAUGCAACACUGUACCCAAACAAAUUUUUUAUAAUUUUUGAGACGGAUAGAACAUUCUUUUUCUUUUCCUUCUUUUAACAACUUAAGGACCGGAAAGAUUUGCUUCCUUAAAAAGCAAGUAAACCCUCUUAAAAAAAAAUCUGCAAAAAAAAACCCUGCAAGAGAAAGCCCCCGAAGCGGUCCUCGAUCACCUCCUCCACCGCCGGCAUCUCUCCCGGAGCGGGUUCCGGGUAUCGCUGCUCCGGCGCUGUGACUGGCCGGAGCAGCAAUGACGUCACUCCUGCGCAUGCACGGGGGAGCCGCUAGUGACGGCACGAUCGCCUUCACUAAAGGCACGCUCAGUGCGCCUGCCGUAGACAUCGGUGCCCCUUUUUUGGAUCGCGGCGAUCGUCGUUGCAGGGUGUCAGUCUGACACCCCGCAACACCGAUCUAGGUAAAGAGUC